GAUAGCUCUUACUCUCAGCUGUGUUUUUCAACACGCCAGUGUCUUAUUUAUCAUAGCAGCAAAGCCAGGGAGGAUUAUGAGAACACGCUUAAGCAAUUGUGGAACACACCAUCCAAUCCAAACCCAGUCAUUCCAUGUCUUUGUGUUCGGACAGGCUUGGACUUGUAUUUGCGGGUGAAAAAUUUCCACCAGGAUCAGAAGUCAUUAUGUCUGUUGUUAAUAUUCCUGUAAGU